GAGAUUGACUUGUAACAAGUCACGAUAUAGAUAUAUGGGGCAGAUACACUCAUCAUUGCGCAAACACCUGGUAUCAUGACAAGACGAGGGUGAUUCAUGAACACAUGAUCGUAAACAAGUCGGACUCAACAAUGGACACUGCUUUAGCAAAGGUUUCUGAUGAUCAUGGACAUGUUGUCGCUUUUAUUUAUUCUAAUCACACUGUUCUGGAUAGAAAUAUGUCGUCGACAGUUGUAAUUCUUGAAAAAGGCAUGUUUCCUCUCUGUUAUACGGUGUGACGUAAACCCGCCUAUGAGGCUACUUCUAAAAAUAGCGCUGGUUCUGACAGGCUGUAACACAAUAUUCUACGCAACAACAUUUUUAUGCUUGAAAAGAUUACCCGAUCUUGUGAAAUGGUCAUAGUUCAUUGAUGUAACACAGAAUAAUGUAUGUACUGGCACUAACAGACGUGCUUUGUGUUCAUGACAAUUAUCAAACCUGGAAUAUCCAGAUUGUUCCUAGUGACGUAAUAGUGACGAUGUGGAUUUCCAAGUGUGUUAUUUUUAGAUAUCCGUCAUCUAAAAUACAAGUUUUGAAGCAAUCAAGUCAAAUAUCCCCAAACCUCUGCUUUUGGUAGUCUUGAAAAUGACGACGUAUCUACAGUUUACAGUUUUGGCUGUUUUGGGUUCGGCAUCAGCUACAUCCGUGUCAAGGAGUUCAAUCACAUGUGACCCUGGAAUGUACUAUGACUUUGCGAUCGGGAGAUGCGAUCUCUGUGACGCUAUAUGUGACUACGCAGAGAUUCAGGGUACUGUACUGGAAUGUUCGACAAAAUGCCCAGAUUUCAGAUCCAGUUACAUAGGCGACAAAUCAAUAGAUACAGUCACAACAACCACAGAGACAGCUUCACGAUCGUGUGGGGAGGAAAGAAGGACAAUCACGAUGUUGUUAAUAGCCUUGUGUGGUGUGUCGUUUCUGUUGAUACUGAUGAUGGUUGUUAUUAUUGUUCUAACGUUCAGACGAGCACGACUUAACCAGAAUAGUUACAGUGUUAGCAGAACAACGGAACCCUUGCUACGUAGAGAUGGGCAUGCGCAGUGUAGAGCAGCCAAUGGACAGAUACUAACACAGUCGGUAACUGCACAACCGAAAUCAGUUGCCUCCGAACGAGAUCCAGUUCCACAAUUGCCCAUGUCUUCUAUAUGAAGAGAGAAACAUGAUGACUAAUUUCUGUUGACCGUUGUUACACAUCAACGUCUGAGUAAACGCGUUUUUCUGUCACGGAAGAUGGAUUGUGAUGACGGGGAGAGUUCAGUCCCGUUAAAGUGACCCGGAAGCAGUUCGUAACAGUAACUCAAGACCCGAUCGUUAAAAGGCUGUUAAUACUCAUAUAACGGUUGUGAUGUCCAAAAUAUCUGUGCCAAAACACUGCAUAAAAUGGACAGGUGUGACACAGUGUGACUCCAUUAUACAUAAAAAAUAUUGUUUAUAUAAGUCAGGAUAAGAAUUUAUGGAUGAACAACUUCAUUGUUACAAUUAAGAUCGACGUUUCAGUGUAGGUUCUAACACCGUUAUCAAGCAAGUGAUAUACAGAGUGUGAUUGACAAGUAUAUUUACAGGUAGGAGGCAAGUUGUUAGAAGUUGUUCAUCCAUACAUCUUAUCCUUACUUAGUACUCCAACUUCUAAAUGCAUAUCAAAGAAGUUAUUGUGUAUUUAGUGUAUAUAUGCGAAUUAUUUAUUUUAGGACCAACAGUUUGUUAAAAUGGCUGCCCCUGACAAGAUUAAAGCAAAGAUGACACAUAGUCAGAUACAAUUAUAAUAAGGUACACAUCGACACAUAUCUAUUCAUGUACACGAGAACAGUUGUAGUUUGCAUUUAAUUAAACAUAUCAGUGAAAAAAAAGUUGGGCAAUCA